AUGGCGGACGAAGAGAAGAAGCCCACGGAGACCACCUCCACCGAGGAGAAGCCUAAGACCAUGGGCGAAUCUGCCGCAGACACUGCCUCCGCAGUCAAGGACAACGUCUUCAGCAUGUUCGGCGGCGGCUCCAAGCCCGCGGCAAAGACCGAGACCGCCGACGAGGAGAACGACCGCUCCGGCAGCGCCAAGGCGCAGAAGGAGAAAGCGGCUGCUGAAGGUGGUGAUGACGAAGACGAGAAGGCUGAAGAUGAGGAAGCGGAUGUGCACUUCGAGCCGGUCGUGCAUCUGACGAAGGAGGUGGAGACGAAGACGAACGAGGAGCUGGAGGAGAUGAUGUUCAAGAUGCGCGCGAAGCUGUUCAAGUUUGAUCGCGACUCGCGGGAGUGGAAGGAGCGGGGCACGGGCGAUGUGAGGCUGUUGAAGCAUCGGGAGAAUGGGAAGACGAGGUUGGUGAUGAGGCGGGACAAGACGCUGAAGGUCUGCGCGAACCACUACAUUGUGCCGGACAUGAAGCUCUCGCCAAACGUGGGCAGCGACCGCAGCUGGGUGUGGAACGCAGCCGCCGAUGUGUCUGAGGGUGAGCCCGAGGCGCAGACGCUCGCUAUUCGUUUCGCCAACGUCGAGAACGCCAACGCCUUCAAGGAAGCCUUCAUCAAAGCCCAGCAGGAGAACGAGAAGAUCUUCAGCGAAGGCGCCAAGGAGUAG